GGCAACCUAUACAUGAGCCAAGCUAUAUAUAUAAAUAGAAAUGCCAAGGCUCUAUGCGCACUCCAACCAUAUUGUCCAAAACCUCAAAGGUAGGAAAAUUCAAAAUGAGUAUCUCAGAAGAUGAAAGACUUUCCCAAUUGAUCAGAGACUACAUAGAGAUUGGAUCCACAGUUCAAAGUACUAGAAUUUGGCCUCCAUCAAAAUCUCUUCAGUUUCAUGACAGCCCCACAUUUUUCUCAUUACAAGAAAUUAUGGAAGAGAGCACAGAUGCUGAAACUGAGAUUUAUGGGAAAAUACUGUCCUACUAUAAAGAGAAGGAAAUGAAACAUAUGGAGAGGAUUAACAAUUCAAGAAAAUGGAUUGUUUUCAGAUUGGAAUUAGAUAAUUGUGAAGCCCAUCUUUGCCAAACAUCAUGGUCAACUCCAUUUGGCAAACCUCAAGAUUUCCAAUUCAAGGGUGAGUAUGAAUAUGUUGAGGUGAUCAAGAUUGACAAAAAUGGGUGCAAAAAGGAAAGGCUAAUAGUUGACAUAGAUUUUAGGACACAAUUUGAGGUAUCAAGGCCAACACAAAACUAUCAAGAGCUGAUAAAUGGGCUGCCUUUGAUAUUUGUGGGCACUGAAGAGAAAUUGGAGAAGUUGAUUUCUUUGAUUAGCGGUGCUGCCAAACGGUCCCUUAAGGAGAGGGGCUUGCAUGUCCCUCCAUGGAGAAAAGCUACUUAUAUGCACUCCAAAUGGUUCUCUAAGAAUUGCAAAAAAGUCUCAUUUUCGGAACUGGACUUCUCAUCUUAUAAUUUUCCAAAUAAUAAUGAUAAUAAUAAUAAUAAUAAUGGGAUUAACGGAUGUUUCCAAGAUUUUCUCUAG